UUCUUUGUUUCUCUUACGCUCCUGUGCUGAGUUCCUUUUGUUUGUGGAUUUUUUUGCUGUUGUUGUUUAUUUCAUCUUUGUAGAUUUUGUGUUUACUGAGGCUUUAUGUUUUUCUUCUUUAUUUUGGUGAGUUGGCUUGUUAAAUUUGUUGUUAUCUUGAAAUUUACCUUUGUCUUCCUCAGUUUGAACCAGUGUUUUAUCGCUUGAUACUGCCUUGACUUCCUCUCCAUUUUGAAAACUCUAUACCUACAAUGCUUAUUACCUCCUUUAUUGUUUUGAUGUUGUCAUUUACAGAUUUACGUCUCUGCUUCUCUGUUGUAAAUCUUUUAGUUUUGUUUUAUUCUUGAGAGUUUAUUACCUAGGUUGGUGUCUGGCUGAUGCAGUCUUGCAUACUAGAUUCAGGCUGUUGUCUAAUAUUGUUGGUUCUCUAACCAAAGGACUCCUUUUAAUAAUCCUUGUAAGUUUGGUUUUUAUAUAAAAAAACAGUCCCUUAAUUUCUAUUUAUCUGGAAAUGUCCUAGUUUUGCCAUUGCAUUUGAGUGAGAGUUUUGCCAGGUGUGUUAUUCUUGGCUGGCAAUUUUUUUCUUUCCACGUCUUAUAUAUGUAAUCCCAUUGCCGUCUUGCCUGCAUGAUUUCUGCAGAGUAAUCGGAGCUUAGUCUUAUUUUUACCCCUCUCUAUGUGACUUUUUGUUUUUCUCGAGCUACUCUCAAGAUUCUUUCUUUGUCUUUGUCUUUAGUGAGCGUGAUUAUGAUAUGUUUUUGUGUUUUUCUUCUGGGGUCUACCCUAUAUGGGGUUCAUUGAGCUUCUUGGAUGGUUGGCUUUUUAUCUUUCAUGAUAUUAGGGAAGUUUUUGUCAGUAAAUCUUCAAUGAUCCUCGCUGUGUUUUUCAUUUCUCCCCGUUCUGAAACUCCGAUCACAUGCAAAUUUUUGCUUUUGAUUGUAUCCCACAUUGUUCUUAGGGUUUCUUCAUUUUUUCUUCAUUCUUUUCUCUGGUUUUUCCUCAAACAAAUUGGCAUUCAAGGAUUUGUCUUCAAUUUUGCUGCUCCUGCCUUCCAUUGUUUCAAAUUUGCUCCUAAAACCUCUUAUGGCACUGUUCAUCUUGUGGAUUUCUAAUUUUGGUCUUUGUGUGAUUUCUAGUUGCUUGUUUAUUUUGACAUUUUGUUCCAGUGUUAUUUUCUUGAAUUCUUCCAUUGUUUUGUCUCUCUUUUUCGUGAUUUUGUCUGUGUUUUCCAUGAUUUUUGCCUAUUUUUCCCUUAUUUCCGUCUGUGUUUUCCUUCAUUUCUUGGAAAGCCUGGAAUAUUAGAGUUUUGUAUUCUCUAUCAGGUAGUUCUAGUACCUUUUCUUCUACUGGAAGGUCAUCUGGUGUUUUAUUUUGGGCACUUUCUGGAGUCAUCCUGUCCUUUUUAAAGUAUGUUUUGAUAUCAUCUGCUGUCUUUGGGACAUUCGGGAAUUACUUUCUUUGUUUAUUGAUUGUAGAUUUGUUUAUUUCAUCCUGCUUUUUUCUUUUAUUUGGUUAUGUCUGGUCAGGUGGGCUGGCUGUUCUUUGUUGUUUAUUUGUCUGUGGGCACGAUACUUCUUACUACCUUGUCCAGGUGGGCAGGGCCAGUUAUUCACCUAUGGUGCAGCAGGGCAGGUCCGCUAGAGAGGGAGGCAUGGGGAUGGGUCAUUUAUGGCACGUGCUGGGCCUGACAGGGCAGGGUCCAGUGGCCUGCAACUGUGCAACUUGGGGGUGUGGUGUUCAGCACGUGGUGCAUUUAUGCAGGAAGAAAGGGGGGGGGAUGUGAUGUGUGGAGCUAAGUGAGUGUGGGAAAGAAGAGAGCGGAGGAGAGAAACAGAAGCUGAAGACAAAAAAUUAAAAAGCAAUAACAACAACAAAAACAAUGCCAUGAGGGAACCCAUCAGUGUGAUGGUGCAGACCAGGUAAACCAUGUGCUGGCAGCUCCCCAAUUGAGUGGUAUGGCCCAGCCCAUCAAAAAGCAGUGUAGACAGAACACACGACCAGGUGGUCAGGAGAAAGGAAAGGAAGGAUGAUGAAGAGAGACAAGAAACUGAGAAAAAAGAAAAAAGUGCCCCGAGGGUACCCACUGGGAAAGCUUUUGGGACCCCAGGACACAGGAGCCAUGGCCAAAUUUCUUGUCUAGGGUCCUGGGGCUUCCUACCUCAUUGUCAUAACAUCCUUCCUUCUCCCACCCAGAGGCAUCCAAUUACUGCGCAAAUUUAGACCAAUGGAAGAAAAGAGCAGCAAAAAUUGAAUUGAAUGAAACCCAAAAGCAAGAAAUUAAAGAGGCCUUUGAUUUAUUUGAUGUUGAUGGGUCUGGAACCAUAGAUGUGAAAGAAUUGAAGAUUGCAAUGCAGGCUUUAGGAUUUGAACCAAAGAAAGAAGAAAUUAAAAAAAUGAUAGCUGAAAUCGACAAAGGAGGAAUUGGCACCAUUGGUUUUGAAGAUUUUUUUGCCAUAAUGAGUAUGAAAAUGAGUGAAAAAGAUGAAAAAGAAGAAAUACUGAAGGCUUUCAAAUUAUUUGAUGAUGAUGAUACAGGAAGCAUAACACUAAGCAAUAUCAAGAGGGUUGCUAAGGAACUAGGGGAAAAUUUAACAGAUGAUGAACUUCAGGAAAUGCUUGAUGAAGCUGAUCGUGAUGGGGAUGGAGCAAUAAAUGAGGAGGAAUUUUUGAGAAUGAUGAAAAAGACCACUCUUUAUUAAUACUGUUUCUUUGUUCUUUUUGGAAAAUUGUUAACAAAUUCGUAUUUGUUGUGGAGUUCUGUAAUUUGAUAUCUGAAUGUAUUCCUUUUCAAUUUUUAGUUUAUAUGUACAAUGUACAUUUUGAUGUCUAAGCCACAUGGCAAGUGACAUACUUCUACCAGUAUAUCGUGAAACCUGUGGCAUCAAGAAACAAAGAAAAUGGAAUGAUGCCCUUUAACUAUGAAUCCAAGAACAGUAUUAAUUUCAACUGCUAUUUUUAAAGCCUCAGGUUCCAAAGACUUAGAAGUUUGUUUUAAGUUUAAUGAACUUGGCCCCACACCCAAAUAGAAAUUUGGCAAACAUGCCAUUACUUUCCCUAUUAUUUUCCUUUAAUGCAACUCUAAAAAACCUGAUGAACAUUUGCUUUUUAAUCAGUUAUUCAAGUAUGUAAAGUAUUAAAUAAAACUGGCAACUAUGUUAUUUGCUAAUUUUUUUAUAGUUAUAAAAAAAAAUUCAAAGCAGCACUUGUAUCAUCCAUAUUUCAUUAAGCUUGACCAGAAGAGAAGGGAAGUUAGCACUUAUCUAAUACCUCUAUGCAAUGGGUAGGGUUUAUACUUGGACAGGGGCUGGGAAUUUUACAUGUUAUCUCAGUUAACGUAUAACAACCUUGGAAGCUGAUGGCAUUAGUGCCAUCUUACACAUGAGAAAACUAAAGUUCAGAGAGGUUUUCAAAAUUGCUCAAUUUUCCGUAGAUAAUAAAACAUGAUUCCAAAGCUUGUAUUCUUACUCCUCAUUAUGCUGCUCCCCAUGGAUAAAAACUUUCAGGACAAUUAAGUGUACAUUUCCUAACUCAUUGUCAUAUCUGUGACUGUCUUGUAAUUUAACUUUCUUCUCUGUGAAAGAACCAAACUCUUUCUGAAACUCAAGUAAUAGUCUUUGGAACAGGAAAGACUUACAGAAAAGGUAACUUUGAAGGCCCCACCCUUGCACAUUUUUAGCUCCAUUGAAAUGAAGACUAAGUUUUUGUUUUAUUUUGUCAACAUAUGAGAGAUUUUCUUAUUUGAUUAAAGGAAGAAUGGCAUAUAUUCAUGAACAUUCUUGAGUAUUUUCAAAGUAUCUUUCAUUCCUAAUUGUAUACCA